AUGAAUAAAAAAGCAAAGUUUAUAAUAUCACUUUUAGGCUUAACAACAGUUGGUGCUUCAGCAUACUCAUUAAAUUUAUUAAGCGAAAAUGUAAUGAUAAAGAAAUCAAAUAUGUUAAAUACAAUCGAUAGAGAAAUACAAGCAGAAGCUUACAAUAAAGUCACAACAGAAAAAAUAGGGUUAGAAAAUGAACUCGACGACUCAAAGAAUUUAAACAACUAUUUUAUCGAAAUUUUCAAUCAAGUAAAUGGUAUGAACUUUGACCAAAUAAAAUCACUCCCAAAGAACCAUGGCUCACCACUUCCAUACUCUAAUCUUCAUAAUCAAAUGCUCAAAUUAGGAUUACCAGGUACUGAAAACCUCUGGUUUUACGAAUCAUAUAUUACAAGUGCAAACUAUGAAAGAAAAGGUCCAAACUGGGUCAUGCAAUCAAUCUCAACAGAAAACUUUAGAAAUAGAGUAGCUGACCGUAAAAAUAGCUAUUUCAAUAAUAAUACCAUUCAAGUACCAGAUAAAUUUAAAGCACAAAAUAAAGAUUAUGUAGGAACAGGUUGGUCCAAAGGUCACAUGGUUCCAGCUGGUGACAAUCUCCACUCUCAAGAAGCAAUGAACCAAACUUUCCUUUUAAACACAAAUAUCGUUCCACAAGAUUUACACAACAAUCAAAACUUUUGGUACCGUUUAGAAUCAUUUUGCAAGUCAGAGUUGGUCAACAGAUAUCAAAAUGUCACCAUCAUAUCUGGACCAGUAUACCAACCAAAUUUAGUCGAAAUUUUAACCGAAGAGCAAUUAAAAAACCGUGUUAGAUAUUGCAGACAAAAUGAAAAAAAAUUUGUAAAAUAUGAAGUUAUUGGUGAAGGAAAUGUAGCAGUACCAAACUAUUUAUUUAAAAUUGUUUUAGUAGAACCAAAAGAUAAUUUAGAUCCAACAAACGAUAGCAAAUUACCAGCAACUAAACAACCAUAUUUAAUUGGUAGCUUUUUAAUUCCAAACGAGCCAAUUCCACACAAUGCUCUUUUAACAGACUAUGAAGUCCCACUUCACGAAAUUGAAGUUAAAACAGGUUUACAAUUCUUCAAGAGAUUAAAUUUCCAAACUGAUGUUACCCCACUUUGCGAGGAUCCAAAGAACUGUGAAAUGAUGACCCAAAAACAAUUAUUACCAAGAUUAAUAGGAUUUGCAAGAUCACAAAGAGAUUUAAAUGAUUUAUUAGCCGAUAAUAAAACUAUUGACUGGGAUGAUAAUUUAAAUCAAUUAGUAGAUGGAAAAUUAAAAGAACUAAAAGAAAUUGAAGAGUUAAGAAGAAACAAUAAUAAUAAUAAAAUAUAA